UGGGUGGGGCUGGAUGCUGAGAUUGCAGCAAAAUGGCUUUCUUUAAUUCCCUUCUCUGCACUUUUGUAAUCACUUGUCUCUGUCUUGGGCUAACUCAUGGAGCUCCAAAUAUCCUCUUUAUGAUGGCAGAUCAAAUGAGAGAGGAUGCAAUGGGCUGUAGUGGAAGCAAAGCCGCCAUCACUCCUAAUCUUGACGGUAUUGCUAAAGAAGGAGUCAGAUUUGACAAAGCUUUCAGCUCUACUCCAACAUGCACUCCAGCUCGUUCUGCCCUCCUUACUGGUCUCUCUCCCUGGUAUCACGGUAUGCUAGGAUAUGGGAGCAUUGCUCACAGGUAUAGCUACGAAAUGCCCCGUGUAAUGUCAGAGAAUGGUUACUACACCCACUCCAUUGGCAAAGAUCAUUUCGGAUGGAACAAGACAGCUAAUUCAGGUAUGUCACACGGAUACAACAGCACCUACCUGUAUGAUGGGCUAGAAGAGAAUUCUGAGUUUGACGACUAUGAUCACUGGUUCGCUAAAGAGAUGCCAGGAGUAGAUCCAAUGAAAACUGGUCUGACCUUUAAUGACUAUCGUGGAAGACCAUAUGCUUUACCAGAAUAUUAUCAUCCAACUGCAUGGGUUGGUAGAUCUGCAGUUGAUUUUAUACAAAACUACAGUAGGUCAGAGCCUUUCUUCCUCAAGGUCUCUUUUCACCGCCCACACAGCCCGUAUGAUCCACCACAGAGAUGGCUAGAUAAUUAUAAAGAUGUUAAGCUACCCUUGCCUUAUCAAGGAGGCAACUGGGAUGAAAGAUAUGCUGUAAAGUAUAACACUACACCAUCUCCUGGCAUAUGGUGUGGUGACUUGGGGAGUGAGCAAGUAAAGGAGUCAAGACAGGCUUAUUUUGCUAGUGUGUCAUUUGUUGAUGAGUGGAUUGGUCAGAUACUUGCAGCUCUGGAAAAGAGAGAUCUAACUGGUAAUACUGUUAUAAUAUUCACUGCAGAUCAUGGUGACAUGAUGGGUGACCACUACCACUGGAGGAAAGGCUAUCCUUAUUAUGGCUCAGCUCAUAUACCAAUGCUCUUACGAUGGCCUGACACUGUCAAGAUUGUAUUACCAAGAGGGUCCACACUAUCGCAGGUGGUUGAGCUAAGAGACAUCUUCCCAACUGUGCUAGACUUUGCAGAGAUUGAGAUACCAGAAGACGUGAAACUAAAUGGUAGCUCUCUGAAGCCAUUGCUCCUUCAGGAAAUGGAUUGGAGGGAGUACAUAGACCUGGAGCAUGACAUAUGCUAUAAUGCAACCAAUCAUUGGAAUGCACUAACAGAUGGACACACCAAAUACAUCUACCAGGCUUACUUUGGUAAUGAGCAGUUGUUUUCUUUAGAUGAUGAUCCUGGUGAAUUGCAUGACCUUUCUGAUGAUCCAGCUUGGAAGAAAACCUUACUGAUGUGGAGGGAGAGACUUAUCAAGCAGUUUCAAGAGGAAGGCCGUGGGACUGACUGGGUUGCUGAUAAUAAACUAGUGCAGAGAGUAAAAGGACAACUUUACUCGCCAAAUUAUCCCAAAACUACUUCCUGAUUAACGUGAAUAUAUUAUUUUGCUGUGUGCUGCAUGUAAUUUUACAUUUUAAUUAAUUUUGCUGUACAAACAGAUUGUUUUUGAACAUA